AUGUCUCUCGCAUAUCCAGAAGGCGAGUGCUUCUUCAAGCGUUCAGCCUUGAAGACAUCUGUGUAUGAUGCCGACAGACCAGAGCAUUUCUAUGCUCACCUCAUGGUCGAGUUUAUAUGGAACAGGCCGGCAUUCCAUGGCUCAGACAGCCCAUAUGAUCGAAAUCGCCAUUAUCACCCACGCUCGGUAUACAAAGUGGUGAAAGGAGAUAUGUGGAACACCCGUUAUGGCAACUGGACAGAUAUCUUCUUCUUGUACGGCAAGAAGCCCUAUAAUGGCACUUACAGAGCAGCAGAGCACAAUCUCUGUGUCAAUGGGAAUCGCUUCAGAGAUCAAGAGAAGGGUGGAUCGUUGGAGUCAUGGUUCAUGUUGAUGCCGAUGCCGUUGUUGGCAAAGGGCGAAGACUGGGUUCUUAUCGACCGCUUAGCAUGCAUCCGUGCAAUAUAUAUCCCAGUCGCGCAACAGGCCUCUGAAGACUUCCCUGAGGUGUGCACAUUUUUGCAAGUUAACUUUGCCAUUUCGCGGGAAGUCAGUAUUCUCGCCUACCCAGAGAUUUGGAGUCCAGACAGGCGCGAUUAUGUUGUUGGAGAGCGUUGGGAGAGUCUCUACUUGGAUGCCACACUUGGUAUGCAACCGGCACCAGAAUGGACCUUGGCAAUCAACAUACGCCGAUUAGUGAAUUUGCUGUCGUUGCCUCGAACCCUGAGGACGUAUAACGUCUUUUCCUCCGAGAGUAUCCUCCUGGUAGAUCGCAAGUUGACACCGACAACAGGAAAGGUGCAGAAGUUUUCCGACUCUGCUGAUUUGAGUUGGACGACUGUUGCGAGUGCGAAUUAUGGACUCACCGUCCAGUGGAAACCCCCUCAGGCAACCACAUGGCUGGCAGACUUUAUCAAGAACACUAUGACUACUGCUGUGGGGUUCGUUCCCUUCAUUGGUCCUCUCGCUGCGGUUGCAUUUCCCUUGGCAUGGACUGCUAUUGCUGAUCCGGAGAGUUUCGAGGAUACACUGCGUACGAUGGUUCCGAAUGCAGACUUAGCAAUGCGUAUUCGUGAUGAGAUUCAGAAAAGCGCCAAAGAGCAGCAGAGCUAUGUGCCCAAAGAAUGGAUCAAGGUAUCUGGGGGCAUGGGCGAUGUAUUAGCUCAACCUGCAACGACUGCCCCGGCCAAAGGGUCCGGGAUAGACGAAGCAAAGCGAAAGGCGACGGUGCAGAAGACUGAAGCUAUCAGAAAAUUCAAAUAUUGGAACAUUCUCAAACCUGCUGGACAAGGUGUGGCGGAGAAACCCCAAGAGAAGAAAGAGACAGUCACCACCUCGCAAGCAGCUACAGUGCAAGAGAAGAAAGCGACCCCGGAGCCACCGAAAAAGGUCUCCCUUGACGAUGUGGGGCCUAGUGCGCUGUUCCAACUUGCUACUCAGGUUUUGGAGCACUCGGGGGAUAAUCCAGCCCUCAAGUCUGAUACGGUUGGAUCUGAAGAUGGCGAGACUGGGGCUGUUCUGGAGGAAAUGGUCCCAGAAGAAUACUCAGCCCUUGAAGAGGAAGAAGUAGAGAACUUCUAUGACUGGAUGGCAGAGUAUAUUCAGGGCCAAGCUUGA